UAUUUGCAUCUCCCAUCUUCAUCAACCCUAUACAUAUUGUCAUCUUCAAAUCCUACUUUCUUUCCACUAUUUCUUUUUCACCUUCUUUAUGCUUGCGCUAUUUUCAUCUCCCAUCUUCAUCAGUUUUAUUUUCUCCUUCAAACCCUACUUUCCAUUAUUUUUUUCACUUUCUUAGUAACCACGCUAUUUUCAUCUUGCAUUCCAUCUUCAUCAAACCUAAUAUUUCCGUUGUUUCGCUUUUCUGCCUAUCGAUCAUGGUUGCAAAGAAACGCAGAAUAGAAGGGAGACUAGAGUUGGCCACUGAGUUUGAUACAGAUUUUGUCGAUAAUGGUUAUUUUCAUAAGAAAGGCAAUAAGAAACUGAAUAUGAAGGCAGAAGCUUUUUACAUACCAAAAGACAACAAAGAUAGGCCACAAGGAGAAGACUCUCAUUUUAUUUGUAGAGAGAAGUUAACGAUUGGUGUCGCAGAUGGGGUUGGCGGUUGGGCAAGAAAAGGCAUCGAUGCCGGCGAAUAUGCUCGUGAACUCAUGACUAACUCUGUCAUUGCUCUGCAGGAUGAGGAGAAAGGAAACGUAAACCCUAGAAGCGUUCUACAAGAAGCUUAUUCAAAUACUAACGUUAAAGGUUCGUCAACUGCCUGUAUUAUUACUCUUAGUAGCAAUAACUGUUUGCAUUAUGUCAAUCUGGGAGACAGUGGGUUUAUGCUAUUCAGAGACAAGAAGUGUAUUCACAAAUCUGUGGUGCAGCAACAUGGGUUUAAUUGUCCAUACCAAUUAGGGACUCGUUGUAGAGAUCUGCCUUGCAUGGCUUAUGAGGAAAAGAUUGAUGUAGAAGCCGGAGAUAUUAUCGUUGCAGGAACUGAUGGGAUGCUUGAUAAUAUCUACCCGUCUGAAAUAAUGGAGAUAUUGGCCAAAACUGAUGAGAAAAAGCAAAUGUUUGCGGAGGAGUUGGCAGAGACAAUUGCAGAAUGGGCUUUGUUCAAUGCUCUUGAUGAAGAUUAUGUUUCUCCUUUUGCUAGGGCUGCUGAGAUGGCUGGAUACUCUCAUAGUGGAGGCAAAUAUGAUGAUAUCACAGUCAUUGUUUGUCAAAUUGAGUGAUGCAGGUAGCUAGGGCUUUAACUGUUGCAACUAAUGGGAGUCUGUGUAUGUUUACUACUAAAAUUGCUUGAGAUUCCAGGCAAUUUGAAAUGGACGAAUUAAUGGAGGUUAUAUGAUGUAAUUGUUUUUUACCUAUGAUUUUAUAAGGUAUUCCCAGCA